CUCGACCCCUGACACCCUUCGUUCUCGUCGACGUUGGACUACCGGAGUAGUCUGACCAUGGACAUGCUGGACGGCAAUACACUGCUCAUGAUUCUUUUUUAGAGUCUUCUGCGGUAAGCCAAAGGCAACCGCUCGCCAAUAUGCCUUACAACAUUGCCAUGGUCAGUGACUUUUUCUUUCCUCAGCCAGGUGGAAUUGAAAGCCACAUCUACCAAUUGUCGACCAAGCUUAUCGACCGUGGCCACAAAGUCAUAAUCAUCACCCAUGCCUACAAAGGUCGCACUGGUGUUAGAUACUUGACCAACGGACUCAAGGUCUACCAUGUGCCGUUCUUCGUUAUAUACCGUGAGACGACGAUGCCGACGGUCUUCUCUUUCUUUCCGAUCUUUAGAAAUAUUGUGAUUCGGGAGCAGAUACAAAUUGUGCAUGGACAUGCGAGCUUGAGUAGUUUCUGCCAUGAAGCUAUCCUCCAUGCCCGCACCAUGGGGAUCCGGACGGUGUUUACGGACCACUCGUUGUUCGGGUUCGCGGAUGCGGCGUCGAUCCUGACGAACAAGCUGCUUAAGUUCAUUCUGAGUGAUGUGGAUCAUGUUAUUUGCGUCAGCCACACAUGUAAGGAAAACACAGUCCUACGAGCCUCUCUAGACCCCUUGAUGGUCUCCGUUAUCCCAAAUGCGGUUGUUGCGGAGAACUUUCACCCGUCAGAACCACCGUCCGUGCCUAGAAAUAUGGGACCUACGGACAUUAUCACAAUCGUCGUCAUAUCUCGUUUAUUCUACAACAAGGGAACCGAUCUCCUAAUUGCUGCCAUCCCUCGGAUUUUGGCAUCUCACCCGAACGUACGGUUCAUAAUUGCUGGAAACGGACCCAAGGCUAUCGAUCUCGAGCAAAUGUUGGAAAGAAAUGUGCUGCAGGACAAGGUUGAAAUGCUUGGGUCGGUACGCCAUGAGGAAGUCCGGGACGUGAUGGUUCGCGGCCACAUCUACCUGCAUCCCAGCUUAACUGAGGCUUUCGGUACGGUAUUAGUGGAAGCUGCGAGUUGUGGGCUGUAUGUCGUGUGCACUCGCGUGGGUGGUAUUCCCGAGGUGCUUCCGCAACACAUGACCACAUUUGCAAAGCCAGAAGAGGACGACCUUGUUCUGGCGACCGGAAAAGCCAUUGCCGCAUUGCGUUCGAACAAAGUCCGAACGGAUCGAUUCCACGAUCAAGUCAAGAUGAUGUACUCUUGGACAGAUGUCGCCCACCGCACGGAGCGUGUCUACAACGGAAUUUCGGGAGACAUUAGCCCCGAGGAAUUCUAUGGCUACUACCCUGGACAAGACUGGGAGGCGGGCCGCGAUCGCGUGCGUAGCUUUGCUCUCAUUGACCGUCUCAAACGGUACUACGGCUGCGGUGUCUGGGCUGGAAAACUGUUUUGCCUCUGCGUGGUGAUCGACUUUUUACUCUAUGUCUUCCUGGAGAUGUGGUUCCCCCGCGCAAACAUUGAUAUGGCACGCAGCUGGCCAAGAAAACUCAACCAAAAGGAAAACAACCGAUUGGCCAUUGCAUCGAAGAACGACCGUCUGGGACCUGCGUCUUGACUGGUACCUGACUGACAGGUCCAUCCGUUCAUGCCAUCGACCUUACGACCAGCGAAAUGCGUUUCGAACCGCUAUUUAUGAUUUUUAUGUGUAUUC